AUCAAACAAAUAAACUCUUUACACUUAUUUUAUUCCCACGUGAUUGAUGUGAUUAAAAUAACUUGUGCAGCUUGACCCUGGCUGCAGAGGUCAGCCGGUAGGUGGCAGUAAAGCUUUGUUUUUUAGUGAAAUCAGCGGGUUUGCAGGUCGGACAGGCACAAAGCUGCAGCAGACUUGGCUCCAGAAGAUUGGACUGAUCGUGCUUUUUACCCGAGAACAAUCCACUGUGGCUCCUGACAGCACCCCUACUGGUCUGAACUAAACCUGUAACUUGGUGCACAUGCAGAGCCGCAGAGUCCAGAGCAGACCUCAGGAUAAGCGGACUGUCGUGGAUGUGUGCACCCACCCAGCUCUGUCUCUGAAAGCUGCAGCAGGAAACCCCGUGAUGGGUCACAAGUGAGAGCUGUUUCCCAAGGACCUGAUAGAAGACUGGAUGUGGCUGUAACUAUGGUUACGUCAGGGUGGAGGGCGUGGGCGCUCUUCCUCUACGGCCUCGUGCUGGUCCUCUGCUCAUCUGUGUGUCUGUCCCAGCAGCCUCACGUCACACCAGCAGACUGUAGUAGAAAGGAGCAUCCUGUUGUCUCCUACCAAGCGUUAAGGCCGUGGGUGUCAGAGUUCUCCCAUCCAGGAGUGAAGGAUUUCUCCCAGCUCGCCCUGGACCUGAGCAGAAACCAGCUCGUUGUGGGAGCAAGGAACUUCAUCUUCAGACUGAGUUUGAGCAACGCCUCGCUCAUACAGGCGACUGAAUGGUCGCCCGAUGAAGACACGAAGCGCUCGUGUCAGAGCAAGGGCAAGUCUGAGGAGGAGUGUCAGAACUACAUCCGAGUUUUGUUGAUAAGUGGCACGACGCUCUUCACGUGCGGCACCAACGCUUUCACCCCCGUCUGCAUAACCAGGCAGGUCGGUAACGUCAGUCGGGUGCUGGACACGGUGAACGGUGUCGCCCGCUGUCCCUACGACCCGCGCCACAACUCCACCGCCAUGGUGACAGAGAGGGGCGAGUUGUACGCCGCCACCGUGAUCGACUUCUCCGGGCGCGACCCCGUCAUCUACAGAAGCCUGGGCAACAUGCCGCCACUGCGCACCGCCCAGUACAACUCCAAAUGGCUCAACGAGCCUCAUUUCGUCUCCGUGUACGAGAUCGGCCGCUUCGCCUACUUCUUCCUGAGAGAAACCGCGGUGGAGAACGACUGUGGGAAGAUGGUGUUCUCCCGCGUGGCGCGGGUCUGCAAGAACGACAUGGGCGGACGCUUUCUCCUGGAGGACACGUGGACCACCUUCAUGAAGGCGCGACUCAACUGCUCACGCUCGGGAGAAAUCCCCUUUUACUACAACGAGCUGCAGAGCACCUUUUACUUACCGGAGCAGGAUCUGAUCUACGGUAUCUUCACCACCAAUGUGAACAGCAUAUCAGCUUCUGCCGUCUGUGCCUUCAACCUGAGCUCCAUCACCCAGGCCUUCAACGGACCUUUCCGCUACCAGGAGAAUCCCCGCACCGCCUGGCUCUCCACCCCGAACCCCAUACCCAAUUUUCAGUGUGGCACGCUGGAGGAAGGAGGCCCCGGGGAGAACCUGACAGAGCGCAGCCUCCAGGACGCCCAGCGGCUCUUCCUCAUGAACGACGUGGUGCAGCCGGUCACCGUCAACCCUCUGCUCACGCAGGACAACCUGCGCUUCUCCAAGAUGGUGGUGGACAUCGUGCAGGGCCGAGACACCCUCUAUCACGUCAUGUACAUCGGCACAGAAUACGGCACCAUCCUCAAGGCUCUCUCCACAACCAAUAAAAGCCUUCAAGGCUGCUACCUGGAGGAGCUCAGGAUCCUCCCCGAACGGCACAUUGGACCAAUCAGGAGCCUGCGGAUCCUCCACAGUGACAGAUCUUUGUUCGUCGGGCUCAAUGACAGACUGGUGAAGAUCCCGUUAGAGCGCUGCUCCAGCUAUCCGACCGAACGUCACUGCAUGGAGGCUCGGGACCCGUACUGUGGCUGGGAUCUCAAACAGAAGCGCUGCACCACCAUCGAGGAGAGCUCGAACAUGAACCAGUGGACCCAAAACAUCACGGAGUGCCCAGUGAGGAACCUGACACAGGAUGGUGGUUUCGGUCCCUGGGCUCCGUGGCAACCUUGCAACCACGAUGACGGCGAGGGCUCCGUCAGCAGCUGCGCGUGUCGCUCCCGCUCGUGCGACGGACCCGUGGCCCGAUGCGGCGGCGUCCAAUGUAAGGGCUCGACUAUCCAGGUGGCAAACUGUUCCAGGAACGGCGGCUGGACUCCCUGGUCCUCGUGGGGCCAGUGCAGCAGCAGUUGCGGUAUUGGUUUCGAAGUGCGGCAGCGGUCCUGCAACAACCCCUCGCCUCGACACGGCGGUCGAAUCUGCGUCGGCCAGGGACGAGAGGAGAGGCUGUGCAACGAGAAAAAGCCCUGUCCUCUGCCGGUGUUGUGGACAGCGUGGGAACCCUGGGCGCACUGCAGCGCUGAAUGCGGAGGCGGCGUCCACUCCAGGACCAGAAGUUGUGAGAACGGCAACAGCUGUCCUGGAUGUUCAACGGAAUACAAGGCCUGUAACUUAGAGGCCUGCCCCGAGGUGCGCCGCAACACCCCCUGGACUCCCUGGAUGCCGGUCAACGUCAGUCACGACGGGUCAAGGCAAGAGCAGAGGUUCAGGUACACCUGUCGGGCGCUGCUCCCCGACCCCCAGCAGCUCCAGAUGGGCAAGAAGAAGCUGGAGACUCGGUUCUGCCCCAAUGACGGGUCUGGAGCCUGCCAGACAGACUCUCUGGUCGAAGACCUGGUGAAGACCAGCGGACGAACUCUGUCCCAGCCCCAAGGUGUGCGCUGGGGAUCGUGGGAAACGUGGUCCAGCUGUUCCCAGCAGUGCUCCAGAGGCUUCCGAACCCGGAAACGUAGCUGCUCGACGGCAGAGGGCAGGACCAAUCCGAGCGCCUGUGUCGGAUCCCCAGUGGAGUAUCAAGACUGUAACAAUCAACCCUGUCCAGUGAGCGGAGCCUGGUCUUGCUGGUCCUCCUGGUCCCAGUGCUCAGCCAGCUGCGGGGGCGGACACUACCAACGGACUCGGACGUGCACUAAUCCACCCCCUGCUGCCGGAGGAGACAUCUGUAUAGGCCUGCACACUGAAGAGGCGCUCUGUAGUACACACGCCUGUCAAGGUUGGGGCGAAUGGACAGACUGGGGUGACUGCGAUGAAGACGGCCUGCAGCAUCGCACUCGUCACUGUAGCGAAGAGCAGGAGGCUGAGGCAAACCUCUGCCAGGGCAACAUCACCCAGUCGAGGCCAUGCCAGCCUCAUGAGGUGCCGGUUAUUUUACCCGGACAGGAGGACCAGAGCUGUGGAACCUUCACUUUGUUCCAGUUGGUAGCUGUGGGCUCAGCCAGUUUCUUCGUAGCAGCUUUACUGUCAGCGCUCGCUUACUCCUACUGCCACCACCUGAAUCGACCGUCAGCGGAGUCAGCCGUCAUCCACCCCAGCACGCCCAACCACCUCACCUACAACAAGCAGGGCAACACCACGCCAAAGAACGAGAAGUACAUCCCCAUGGAGUUCAAGACGCUGAACAAGAACAAUCUCCACGUGAACGAUGAGACGUGCAACCACUUCUCCUCCCCGCUGCCCUCCAGCAACAUGUUCACCGCCACCUACUACCCCACCAGCCUGAGCAAGUACGACUUCCACCCAGACUCCCCCUGCAGGACCUACAUGCACAGCUGAGAGGCGACGGGCCAGCCGUCACCCAAACACCACCGUGAAGUGUUUCCCAGUUUAAGUGAACACCAAAAUCAUUUGGUAGAUCUGUUAAAGGCUCAGUUCACCCACAUUACACCACACUUAGCUUUCGUGAUAUCUUGCCAUGUAGAUAGUUUUAUUUGCCCGGAUGUGAGACGUCUCAGUUUUAUUUAAGGUGCUACCAGAAACUAAAAAACAACGAGCAACAUGCAAACAGUUUAACACAGGCACUGUUUCUUCAGUAAUAAGUCGCUCCAGCUACGGCAUGCAAAGACACUCAUGGUGAAGAGCCUUUAGCACUGGCAUGUGAAGAAUCGCAGGCGUCUGCAUGCCCACCCCCUCUGGAGACUUGUGUGUGCACCACACACAGCCAAUUAUACAAACCGUACACGUUACUGUGAUCUUGUACUUUUUGAAUUUGGAUUUGUCACUGCGGAGAAAAUGUUUGUUGCCGUCACUGGCAUCCUGUUUCAAAUCCACACACUGAGUCGACACGGACUGCAGACUGUGAAUGAGAACGAUGCUGCAGUGACUCAAAGCUCGAGUAUCUUGGAGUUUCAUUCCUCGAAAUGCUUCUUUAGUUCGAGGCAGAGAAGAAGUGACUGAGCUGCGUGUACUCAGGUCAACCGCAAUCCUUGUUUGAAAUUCUGGGAAGCACCUGUGACCACAUCAACCGACGCUAGAGGCAUGCAGCAGCCUUUACCUCCCCGAGGAGGAUCUCCAUGUGUUCGUUUGUUCUCUACAGCGCCGGUGUCCCCCCCUAGCUCUUACUUCACCCAGCCCGAGGUGCUUCGUUUGUGGUGUGUGAAAGCCGGGUAGGACCCAGAGCUCCAGGGCUUCAACUAGACUUCACUCGUUGUACGUGCCUGGAUUUCAACUGGACCUGAGAAGAGUCUCAUCCACUGGUUUAUUGUCUGUUUUCAGCAGGUGAGUUUAAAAGACUGACACCUGAUGGACACAGACUUCUGGCUUAUUUGCUUUAAUUAUCACGUUUAAACAGAAAACAACACUGAAGAGGACACGCCUCACUACGUACCGCACAUUGUUCAUUCGUUUGUAUCUCUGACCUGCUGUCAGUCACACUGCUGUUUUUUCUGGAUGUUCAAUGCAUUAUCGUUCCAAAAUCACCAAAUAUAGUGCCAUGACGAGAAUUGUUUAUUUCAGAGGAUCUCAGCAGAACAUGAACACACCACAGGCUUUUCAAACUGCAGCGCCAUGACACAAAAAAGGGACUCGACCGUUUGAAUAACUGUGAUGGAUCAACCCAAGCAGGUUUGAAGUUUUUUUUUAUUGUAGUGUGCUGAAAAGAAAUGGAAAACACAAACAUUUGUAUAUAGAAAAUGUUCUGCAGCGAUGUAUUAAGUUAUAACUUUGAUAAAACACGCUAAACUGUUGUUCCAAUUUAGGAAAACACGACUACAACUAUUUUUUUUUCUCUGAACACGAGUAAUAGUGAGCAAAUUUGGAGAAUUCGGCUUUUUACACUCGUCCUCUAGUUUCCUCUGAGUCCACAAACAUGCCAGUUAGACAAACUAAAUCAUUUUCCCUCGACGUGAAUGUGAUACGAGUCAGUCUGUCUAUAUGUGUUGUGUAUGAGGUAUGGUUGCUUGUUAUACAUGCUCACCAUGAUAUACAAUGCAUACAUACAGAAUAUCUUCACAAAUUUAUAUAAAUAUAUAUAUAUUUAAUUAGUUAAUUAUUUAAAAUUUCCCUUGUUAUUAGAAACUUUGGCUCGUCUGUCGAUAAGCGAUAAGACUAAAAGACUUGGAAGUGUACCAGGAAGAAAUAAUUCCUGGAAAUUUUCUUUAUUUAAUUACAGCAAUGUAAAAUAAAGCAUUUCACAAGAGUUGCUGCUAAAAAAAAAAAGCCCAAAGCAGUCGUCCAUAAACGCCACUAAGUGUCAGAUUUGCUCACUUUCCCUUCAUCAAUCACAAAAUGAAGAAAUCUACACAUGUGGCUUUAAAUACCGUUGAAAGUUUCCACUCACAUUCCAGGACAGUGUUGUUCAUAUUUAAGUUCCUCUGUGCUGUAAAAAUGUAUCUUGUGUGUUUCUAAGUUGUAAAUACCAAGAGUUGAAUUCAGGUGUUUGUCACCGUUCGCAGUGUUAUGUAGCAUGAAACAAACAGCUCUGAUAAUGUGUUCUCCUCCGGGGUGCUUGCGUACAAGUGACUGCAUGCACUAACACUCUUAUACAGGUUUGUGUUAACUGUACGGAUAUGUUUGUGUAUCGGCUGUGACAGGAAAGGCUGAAAAAAAAAAAUCAUUCCACGCGGGAUGUCUUCACAGUUUGCCAAUGUAUCCCUACACGGACUUUGUUUUGACACUUUGAUUGAUGUGAAUUUGACUUAACACUGCCUUUUUUGGACACUGUGAACUUUUGGUACUCUCUAUUUUUGUAUAAUAAUAAUAAAUCAGUUUUGG